CCUUGAACUGAGGAACGCCGACAGUCUAAUCGUCCGGGAGGGGCGUUUUAAGAAAUUAUUUGUAUAUUGUGUGCUUUGAUUAUUAUUGGCCGCAAUUGGCACAACGACGGAUAAAUAAUAAUAUAGAAGCAGCGAACGACCGGUUUGAAAAUGGCAACAAACGGACAAGAAGCUAAUCAGGAAAUCUCGAGUGACAUUAUAGGCGAAUGUAUUGUAAUUAAAUCUUGCGGACCAUGUAUGAGAAAGCACACGCCUAGCGAAGCAACAGUAUUUUGCAAAACCUGUAACGAGCAACUUUGUGAACCUUGCAGAAAUAGUCAUAUAAUUUAUAAAUCCGGCAAACAUGAUACGGUUGUAAUUGAGAAUCUGGAUUCGGCACCAGUUGUUGUAAUGAUGAAAGGUAUGGACAAAUGUCGCGAGCAUGAUACAAAGAUUAAGUUUUUCUGUAAAGACCACUCCAAGCCCUGUUGCAAUACAUGUGCGUUCAUACACAGGAAGUGUGACCACGUCAAUGAACUAGCCAGUCUAUCAAGCCAAGAAGGACAGGAGUUGCAAGAUUUGAACAAUACGCUCAUUAAACUGGAGACCGAUAUUUGUUCCAUCAUAUCGGACUGCAACAAUUCAGAGACUGCAUUAAUUGAGACAAUUGAACACAUUCCAAAACAGCUUGAUGAAAUGAAGAAUCGAAUGAUCGAGAUCAUUGCUAAAGCAAAAUUUAAGAUGAUUGCAGAGGCAGAUAAUUUUAAAGCGGAGGAGAUGAAGCGAUUAAGCAUAAGGACCAAUGCUUCUUCAAAAGUGAAUGAGGACAUCCAUGGACUGCUACUGGUUAGUUCAGCUCUUGUCAAACAUGGAACACCUCAACAAAAAUAUAUCAUCUCACACAUUAUGAAGGAGAAAAUGAAAGAUAUAGAAACCCAUAUUACUGAGCAGCGGAACAAACAUAUCACUUCAACUGUUGCCUUAAACUUUUCUAAACAGCUAUCAUCACUUCUGAAAGAGGAAGAAGGCAUUGUAAAACUGAACGUAGAGCGACACCUGACGUAUAAAGGUUGUUCAAGUGCAAGCGCUCAGUCUGCUCAGCUUACACCAGUCACCCUGACGUUGCUAGAAUCCAUGGAUAUCAAACAAAUUGGAGGUGAUAACAAACCUUUUUAAACUGGGCUUGACUUCCUACCAGACGGAAGACUUGUAGCCGUGGAUAGCUGGAAAUGUCAAUGCCUUAUAAUGAAUCACCAACUGCAGAGGCAAGGAACGCCGUACAAGUUCAAUACAAACCCAUUAGACGUGGUAUGUUUGUCACAGGCUGAGCUGGCAGUGACGAUGAGGAAUAAGGCAGUGUGCCUCCUGUCCGUGAGUCCUGACAAUAGCAUCGGUUUGACAAAGAAAAUAAACAUAGCCAUCGAUGUCUUCUCCAUAUGUUGCAUGACCCAAACAGAAAUGGUCGUGAGUACACACAAUGAUGCACGUCCAAUGAGAAUGAUAACGAAGUCCGGUGUAGUGCCAGGCAUUGAUCAUUUGCUGUUUCCUACAAAGACGUAUCAACUUGAAGAGAGCAGGUGCACAUAUAUCCAGUCUACGAACAGUUUGGUGCUGACUGACAGGUUCGCUCAUACACUGUACAUCAACGACAAGGUUACCGGCACGUCUAGAGCUAUCACAGAUGAUAAUAUAAGACAACCACGUGCUGUUUGCGUCGGGCCUGGUGACACGAUACUGGUGUGCAGUGCGGCUAAGAAAUCCAUUGUACACCUGACUGUUGAUGGUACAAUACUUGGCUCCUACCAAGUUGACGUGCGGUGGCCGUAUACCCUGUGUAUUAAUAAAGAUAGGAGCAGAUUGGCAGUAUCGGGGUGUGAUAUUGACAUGAGUAAAUUGUUGAUGUACAAAUUGUCGUAAACAUUAUAUCAUCCAUAGCAAUACUUUAAGUUUAUUUGCCUUUGUGAAAAAAAAGUUUUAGUAUAUAAUAAACAACCUGCCUUUGUAAUACAAAUAAGUUUUUUAUAUAUUAAACAACUG